ACUAAAUUUACGUGCAAAUAACAAGAAGGUUUAUUUUUCGAGAUGAUUUGAAAAGUGAGGUUAAUUUGAAAAUUGAUUAUUUUUCGUUUCAAAUUGUUUCCGCUUUUAUUCAGUGAUCAAUCUGAGCCAGCCAUCUUUGGUUUAUUCAUGUAAACAUAUUAUUGACUGAGAAGCGGUGUAAAAUAAAGAGUCAAGCAUGAAACACCAUUGAGAUUCAUUAUCAACAACAGUUUGUUUAUAACGCUUGUUUACUCAUUAUUUAAACAUUGUAUGGUUCAAAAACCUACCUGUUAAUUGUGAUAUACCUAAGUGGGAAAAUAUUAAUCAGUAACCUGUACAAUCCGUUAUAACCAAAAUGUCUCCAAGUUAACUGUGUGUUGCAUCAGAUGAACCCUAUCACUGUAGCUUUUAAUUCACCUGAAAAUUGUGACUAAACCUUUUCCCACUUUAUUGCCAUCUUACCAAUCAUCAAAUUGUGAACCUCUUAAAUUAUUUAUCUCCUAUUGAUUGUAAAUAUUCAAUAAAUGAGUGGCUGUUGAAUUUGAUUUGCCUUUGCACCAUUGUAGGUUCAAUCCCACUCGCUUUACCUGUUUAUCCUCCAUCUUCGUAAUGGUUAACUCUGUGUGUGUUUUUUCUGUCUUUAAUUCCUCUUGACCAUUUAACCAUCACGAUCAACAAUUAAUUUCACCACCUCUGACGGUCUAAUCAUUGGGCGAAAACGUAAAACAUCAUAUUAGACUAAAGUUGACUUGAAUAGCCGCCUAUCUAUUGACUAGCAAUACUCUGCUUCCAAUUUUGCUCAUAAGGAUUUUGACCAAAUCUUAAUUUCUACCGCCAAUUGUCACUAUUAAACAUAUCAAAUAUCUUGUCCAUUGAUUUCCCAUUAACUGGACAUUCAGCCUGAGCUUCCAUCGGUAAAAGCUGAAAGUAUUGGAGUUAUUAAAUUACAAUUACAAUCAUGUUGACUGAUGGAAGAGAAAAAUUAAGUAAAAGUGAAAAAACUCAUCGAGCUCUUUUGAGAGUUGGACAAUCAAUUAAUCAAUCUAUUGAACGAUUUGCUGCGGUUGGUGAAGCGAUUGGAGAUGAUAAUCCAGAAAUUAAAAUUGAUAUGGUUGAUGCUUGUAAAGAAUCAAGAACUGCAGCCUGUAUAUUUGAACAAUUGUGUGAUUUAACUGCUGAUUCUGGUGCUUAUAAUUCACGUUGCUAUUCUGAUCAAAGAGGCCUUUUUCGUGGAGCUAGAAAUUUGCUUUCAUCUGUUACAAGAGUGUUACUUAUUGCCGAUUCUGUCGUGGUUAAUCAACUUUUAGGACCCAAAGAUAGGAUUUCAAUAAGUCUGAAUCGUCUGGAAAAUGUUGCCAAUUUCACCGAGUUUGUUAAAGCUUACAGUCAAUUUGGAUAUGAGAUGGUUGAGCUUGCCCAUCUUAUUUCUGAUCGCUCAAAUAACUUGAAAGAUGAAAGGAGAAGAGCAGAAAUGGGUUCAGCUCGUCGUUUUCUUGAAAGGUCAACAAUUCUUCUUUUAACUUCAUCUAAAGCUUGUCUUCGACAUCCAGACUGUGAAAGUGUCAAGGAUAAUCGUGAUACAGUUUUCAACGAGAUCCGAAGAGCCAUUGAUUAUAUUCAUAAUAUAGUUAAAGAUGGCGUUUUACCAACUCUUAUCCAUAAUUCAUUUGAUUCCUCUGGACAUUCAAGGCGAUCCCAUUUUAGAUUUCAUGUUUCACGUUACUCAUCAUCACAUUCAUCACCAUUAUCUCCAUCAAGUGGUCCAGUUGACAAUAUUAAUCCUCUUCCAACAACUUUUAAUGCAAUUAAGCGUUUUGAGGAAUUGGUUGAAAUGAGUCGGGUUACCAUGUGUAAGGGUGUUUAUCGUGAAAGAUUAUUAUGUGCCUUCGACUACUUUGUCGAGUUGACUCAACAUUUUACGGAUUCAGCUUAUACACGCCAUGAUAAUCGAGAAAAAAUAUUGCUUCUCUGUGAUAAAAUUAAAAUUGAACUGAAUCAAUUGAUGAGAUUGGGAGUUAUCCUUGAUGAAGCUGGAUCAACAAAUCCAACCGAAGACUUGGAAGAAUCCAUUAUGCAGACAAUUAAAGCUGUUAAUGAUGUUAAAUUUCAGCUACGAAGAACUGCCUUGGACCAAGCUGAUGAAUUAUUCAAGUUAACUGACGAAUUAAGUUUUAUCAACCAACUUAGAAAUCAUUCAUUAUCUGGUGAUACUGAACGACUUCAUGAUUAUUUCAAGCUUUACACUGAACUUUGUGAUCAUUUGAAUGAGGUUUGCCGUCUACUUCAUAAUGUAUCAACAUCGGAAACAUUGUUAAUCUAUUCCAAGGCAACAGAGAAUCACAUCAAUAUUUUCAGUGCUCAAAUUUUAAAUGCCUGUUUAACCCUAUCAGCUCAUCCAAACAGCCGAAUUGCUAAAGAUAAUCUGGAAGUUUUUCUCGACUUUUGGAUUUCUUUAUACAGUGAUGUUCACCAAUACAGUAAAGAUAUUAGAGAUCUAGCAAAUGGAUUUGGAUCUAUGAACCAUUAUGACUCUGGAAUGGCUAAUAAGGGGAAAUCCAGUAGCAACAAUCAAUUACCACGUCCAUCUCCAUCACCUAAAGCAAUUACAUCCCAGUCAUAUCCAACUCAACAGCAACAACAACAGCAACAGUCGCAACAACAAUUACAGCAGCAACACCAGCAUCAGCAGCAGCAGCAACAACAACAACAACAGCAGCAGCAGCAGCAGUUACAGCAUUCGCAUUCUCAUCAACAGCAAUCUCAGUCUAACAAUGAGUUAGGAUCAAUGACUGCUGCAACUGCAGGUAAACCAAAAGUUGCGUCUGAUGAUAAAAUAUUGAUAAACUCGAAAGAGUUGAAAGUAAUUUCUAAUGGCAAUGAAAUUGAUCCAGAAAAAUGGACUGCUCCAGAGGAUAAUGAUGUUGUUCGUAGAGCUAAAGCAAUGGUUCAAAUGGCUAUUUCUAUGUACCAAUUUACUCAUGGGGAGGGUGAAUUAAAGACAACUCAAGAUUUAUUUACUCAAGCAGAGUUUAUUGCUGAAGAAGCAAACAAAUUUUAUAAAUUAGUUCGACAUUUUACUUAUCAGGUACCAAGUGGAUUAGCUAAGACAGAUUUACUCGAUCAAUUGGAUAAAGUUCCAACAUUUGUCCAGCAACUGCAAUUUACAGUCAAACAGCCAACAGUUGGAAAAGCAGCGACCUUUACAAAAGUUGACAACGUAAUUAAAGAAGCCAAGAACUUAAUGAUUUACGUUUGUUUAUCGGUUAAUUCUGCAUUAGGAUGUGCGUCAAAAUAUAAUCUUGACAUGGGUGCUGCCAGGACAAGAUCCAGAACUCUAUCUCCUUCAGGACGCUAUGGAGAGGAUGAUGGAGGUUAUGAAGGCUUAUCAUCUGGAAUGGGAUCCAAAGGGGGAACGGCGUCUUCCGACCCGAACAUUUGACAAUUAGGGAUGGCCUCUAGAAGGGCCAAACCAACACCGUCUGGUGAAUCAAGAAGAACAAGGGUUUCGUUUUUACUCUUUUAGGGUCAAAAUCUUAAGGCGACUUAUAAUCUUAAUUUAUUUAUGUUUAAUGCACAUUUUUGAAUUAAUUUGAAUAGUCUCCCUAUCCAAACCAAAACUAGUCGAUUAUAUUAUUUUAAGGUUAUUUCUGUUUCCAUUUUUAAACAGCCAAUUUAAUUUUCUAAUUCAGUUUAAUUUAUAUUCUUUUAAUGAUCAGCUUAACUCAACUACAAUUGUCACAGAAACUCAUGUUUAGCUCUAUCUGUUCUAUCUGUUAUUUAGUUUAGAUAUCAAAACCACUUUAUGGACGUAUAACUUAUCUUAUUUUUCAUAUCAAUGGUGUUCAAAUGUGCACAAUAAGUUUUACCGACAAUCAUGUGUUUACAGCCGAUUUAAACUGACCAACAUAUCAAUUUUCAUUAUCACUGCCGUUGAUAAUUAGUUAUAACUGGAGUUAGCUACUGCCUUUAAUUCAUAUCGACAAUUGUAUUCAAAUUAAGUUGCUUGAAUCUUAAACAAAUGCACUUUUUCAAUUGUUUAAA